AUGUCGCGCCCCGAAGAUAUCCUCCCACCAGACCUCUUCUACAACGACAAUGAAUCCCGCAAAUACACAACCUCCUCCCGAAUCCGGAACAUCCAAGCAGACAUGACCCACCGAGCCCUCGAACUCCUAGACCUGAAAUCACCCUCCUUCAUCCUAGACAUCGGCUGCGGCUCAGGUCUAAGCGGCGAAAUCCUCUCGCAAGAAGAGCCCGAACACGGCGGACCGCACACAUGGGUCGGAAUGGACGUUUCGCCCUCCAUGCUCGACGUCGCACUACAGCGCGAAGUCGAGGGCGACCUAUUCCUCGCCGACAUCGGACAAGGCGUACCCUUCCGACCCGGCUCAUUUGACGCCGCGAUCUCCAUCUCUGCAAUCCAGUGGCUGUGUAACGCCGAGACUUCAGACGUGAGUCCGGAAGGCCGUUUGAAGCGGUUUUUCGAGGGCCUUUAUGCGUCGCUUAGACGGGGGGGUCGGGCGGUUUGCCAGUUUUAUCCUAAAAAUGAUAUUCAGCGGAGUAUGAUUAGCCAGGCGGCUAUCAAGGCUGGGUUUGGCGCUGGUAUGCUUGAAGAUGACCCCGGGACUAAGAAUGCGAAGCUUUACCUUGUUCUUACUGUUGGUGGGGGUGGGUUGCAGGGGGAUAUUACUGGCGUUGUCAAUGGGAUGGAUGAUGUUAGUGUUUUGGACGCGAGGAGGAAGGCGGCGGAGAUUAAUAAGGGCAGGGCGCCGAGGAAGGGCGAUCGGGCGUGGAUUAUGAAGAAGAAGGAUCAGCAGGAGAAGAAGGGGAAGGUUGUGAAGCUUAAUUCGAAGUAUACGGGUCGGAAGAGACGGAUUGUUUUUUGA